GCAAAAUAAAAAAAAGUUUUGAUUGAUUUUUACUAUUUAUGAAUGGUGCGCUAAUUUGUGUGUUUGGAAAAUAUAUUUUUCUUGUUUCAUAACAACACUCAGAAUGUUACCAUUGGUGUUGGCACUGGUCUGGCAACUACUGGUGUCCGGCCGGGGAGUGUUAGGUGACGACUAUGUGCACCAACCAAUACACUAUCACUCGCAGACAGACUCUGGUACUUAUAAUUACGGUUACGAUACGGGACUCCAGGGCUCCCAUCAGUUUCAUCAGGAGCACAAAGAUGGUAACGGUGUUGUUAGGGGUCGAUACGGGUAUACGGAUCCCAAUGGGAAGCUGAGACUCGUUCACUACAGGUCCGGUCCCAAAGGGUUUGAGAUCAUCAGCGAUACAGAGAGCGCCCGCACCCAACAGCCCAAA